AUGAAUAAAAUAUUGUUUUUGUUUUUAUUUGGUGUCGUGGAAAGUUUGGGGGAUUCGAGGGUUUUAUCGCGGCGAAGGCGGUAUGUCGCUUUUCCGGAAGGAUCAAGUUUUUCAUGCGCUGGUUGCAUGACAGUUGGGGUCAUCGGCCAGCCAGCUCCAUCAUCUUCUCCUGGGUUGUUCACGUUUGGGCUUAACUGGGGUAUUGCUUAUGAGCUACCAAAUGCUACGGAGACUGCCCUUGCCUAUAGGGCCAAAAAGAGACCGAUCGCACAGAGGAGAAGUCGCAGGGAGUUGUAUGAAAAACUGGAACUUAUUAUGGAUAACAUGGGCUACAACGGUAAACAGUGUAUCUUAAAGACACUCUGUGAAACGACCCAACGGAUCGUUCCGCACGGCGAAAACAUGGUGGAAGAGAUAUUUAGGACUAUGUUUACGCUUCCCAUGGCGAAGGUCUUACCGAUAGAGCCUCUAGAACACAGCAUCUAUGACGCUGCUCAUCGUCUAGGAGUGCUUCUCGAAUCCUGCGAGAGUUUUAAAUGCCCCCUCUCAUUAGUGGACUUGGCAAAAGGAUACUAUAACGCUCCAGCACCAACCUCUGAUACCGCUAAGAGUCCUUGGACUUUAUUCAGUAGUUCUUUUGGACAAAUGUGA